GAAUCGACAUAGUCCAGGUGUACAGGUGUAACGAUAUGAAUCGGCGAGGGUCACCUAGUAGGGCGGUGCGCGUGUACCGCGAUGCUGUGCAGUGUUUACGAGGUUCUUUUAACUUACCUGGAAUUAAUCUGCAUCGUUAAUUUUGGGUGUAACCUGGUGGCUAAAGCCGCGCUACCACCUGGUGCAGAGGACGAGGUGGUGGUAAUCGAACACCUUCCGGGCCGUCGUGUUCAUCUGCAAGACUUCUUUUGGACCGGAGCGGACGACGCACCGCCAUGGUUGGACCCCGAUCAGACUUUAACUCUGUACGAACCUCGGACCGUGCACCAUACCGCGACAGUUUAUCUACCUGGCGAUGGAAAAGACGGAGGCGACGACCUCCCAUGUCCAAAUUGCAUAGAUCCGACACCGACACUUCCCGACAUCGAUCCGGAUAUCGGUAUUCUGAUCGGCGACGACCCGGGACCACGGUACUGGCUGCUGACUGUUCUCCGAGCUGGAGAGACAGUUCCUCCGAGGGUUGAACUUCGUUUGGCCAGACUUUACAGGGCGGCGUUUUCUAGACAGCAAAGAAAACAUCUCGGUCUGUUAUCUACCGCGGCUCGGAUCAGAAGAGCUGCCUGGCGAAAAGCGCGUCAAGAUAGUCGACGGAAAAGAGAUAGCCAAAUACCAGCUUCGGACACGGAGUCUCAGAUAAUAAGUCCGGUCUUGUCGGAGUCUGGAUCAGAUCCCGAAGGAUCAACGCAGCGUAAUUUCACGAUAUCGCCUGAAAUUGUAAAAGUCAAACACAUGCGAGCUGUGAAAAUUGUCAGAAAUCACGUUGGUCAUGAAACAGCGAAAGAUAUUUCCUCCUCUGACGAGGUGGUCCCGAAUAAGAACGACGAUAUUCCAUCAACGAUGAAAUUCGACCAAGCCAACGGAAGUCUCAUUCAUCAACCGAAUGAUCAAAAGUCACCCAACGGCUCAACUACAAAUAUCGAAAAAGUUUAUAAUUAUCACGGCAGAACAUCGAAGCCGUUACACUCGUUGUUAGCAAUGACGAAUGAUUUAUUAGAAGAGACCAACUCGUCAGAGCCGUUCAACGCCACCCGAGAAAAACUUCGUGCCUUAGAAGUUGGGAAAGUUCAAAUAAGAAUGCAGAAUACAAGCCUCACCGAAGACGGUGCCACGAGACUCAUUUACACCGUACAUAUUGGUGGCGAACCGGUACCAGCGGCUAGUGCAGCUCGUGAUAUGGCUUUGCUUUCCGAACAGGAAGUUGCCCUCGAAUUGGGGGCUCCAGUCAUCAUUCAGAGCGAGCCUUAUCUGAAAGAAAGUCGACCCCUCGCUUUGUCGCGAAGAAGAGACGCCUGGGUUAUGAUUAGUGCGGCUGCAGCCGGGCUGAUGCUCCUGAUUUUCGUUAUCGUUGGCUUGAUACUCGCGGCGAAACGGAAAAAAGCUCAUAGUGCCGUUGCUGCACCUCCACCACAGAGUGUAUUGAGACGUCAAAAGGAAUACGCGUCAGAUACACCUGGCCUCGACAAUACGUGUUACACGUCAGAAACGGAACCACGGACCGAAGGUACCAGCCGAAGAGUCAGCCCAGAAAGUCAACAGAGAUCACCUUUCACGCCGGAAACGCCGGCUAGCGUUGUUCCUGACCCUAAAGAAGAUAUUAGCGAAGAUGAGGAAGAACUAAAUAGAGCGAGAUCAUCGACUCCUUGGGGUGCUCAGGAUUACGCAACGUUUUCAAAGACAGCGAAAACUGGUCGUCGAAAAGUUGCUCGCACAGAUGCAGUUGACCCUCCUCGAACACCAGAUUCCAUCGACGUUGCCGACCCUCUGACGACGAUAGAGAAUGGUCUGACACCGAAAAAAAUAAUUUCUAUGGAGGAUCCGACGACGUCUCCACAUUCCUAUUUGUCGAUGCCAUCUUGCAAACAAUUUCCGAAAAUUCGAAGUGUUGAACCACUGUCCAGAGUUCUCGAGCCAAUUUUAGUAAGACACUUGGAUUUGGAGUUGGAUUCCCCGGAAAUGUCCAGAAAAGGUGAUGAUUUCGAAAGGGAUACUAACCAAACCUAUUUAAUAAGGACUUCGAGUGUUAUUAAUGAUCCGGGAGUAGUUGGUCCCAUAGUCUGGGACCUCAGAAGACAAAGAGCAGUUGAAGAUGUUACCUCCUUUCAGAAACAACGUGUUCCGAAACAGACUUGGAAAGGCUUCCGACGUCUACUGGCCCCGUGGGUCGAGCCAGAAGGCGUCUCCACGAACUCCUCGAGGACUCUUUCAGCCUGUUUGGCAGCAGGGAUUCCAAGCCGAAAGAUUUCACGCCGCAAAGACCACCCGCGGGAUUACCAUCGCCGGAGUACAUCAAAAUGCCAUCGGAAAAUAGGGGAAAAUCGGCCACAGUCAGCCCCGUUGCGACUCCAGAAUCCGAAACGAAAACGAGACCGAGAACGUCUCUGCCUAGGAGGGGGUUGGCGGAGGAUAUACCAGAGACAGGGAUAUCGGGUCCGCAUCCUCGUGGGGCCUGGGGAUCAAGGCCUCUCAGUGCCGGUCCAUUCCACAGGCCUAACUUACCGGAAGUAGACACGGUACGUGUUCUCGCCGAUUCAAGAUUACCUCCGGAAGACCCAGCGGUUCCUUUGAUUGCGGCGAUAAAAAAAGAACUCGAAAAAUUUACACCAACUUCAAGUUGAUCUCUUUGUACCCAUAAUCAUUAUUCCAUUGCAUUGAAAUCAAUAAUCAUCAAUUUAAAUGAAUAAAAAAAAAAUCACGACGCUCUCGUCUGCAGUAGACUUUAGAAUUUGAUAUAUUAUUAGCAUGUGUGAAUGAGAUUCGCGUUAUUGCGUGUCGACUGAUUGAUUUUCCACUACGAUUAUAUUUUCUGUUAUCGUUGUAUUACCCUGUCAUUGAUAGAAAUUUCAGAGUUUAUCAUUGGUCACUGUAUAUACUCAAUUUAUUGAUUUCAAUUCCGUUGAUUGUUAAUCUUAUUGAUAUCGUUCGUAUAUUCUAUAGUAUAACUUGAUAUUGUUCUAAUUCGAAAAUCACUCGACGUUAAACAUUUUUUUUUUUGCUGGGCUUAAGUUAUUAACAUACAUAGCUCUUGUUUACGAAAUGGUUGUCUUCGUUCUCCAGUAAUGAAUGGUGAAUAUUAUAAUAUGCGUUCUAAGUAUUAUUAUAUCGUACAAUAUACGUAAAACACACUUGAUAGAGAAAAUUGAUAUUAGGAGUCUUUUAUUCGAAUACAUACACUUUUUUCAUAGUUUUUAUUCCAGCAAGAGGCCGAAUCAUUCUAAUUCUUGAGUCCGCCUACUACGAUGAGGAAAAUCUUUGCAAGUUUAUCCACCCAGCUUGACCCGUACGUUUGAUAACUUCUCUUCAAAGUUUGGUAAACAAAACCAAUGAUGUAAUCGUUGAUAAUAGCUAUAAAAAUUAGAAAGUACCAAAGUUGACCGUAUAUAAUUUCAUAAAUAAAAUUCUGGUAUCAACUUACCAGAAUAAAUGCGGUAACAAAAUUUGUGAUACGAUAAACUUUCCCAAAAUAAGAGAUCACGAUCAAUAUCGGGGUCAAGCAUCCAUUUAUGUGAGUAUUGGAUGGAGUCGGUGCAUAAACGCAAGUUGAAUAACUACGGAAAUAAAUGAGAUUGAAAUAAUUUUAUGUUUGAAUAUCAAAAUCAUACAUGCAUAUUAUAUGCAAAAUCAUGCAUGCACAUUCCAUCAAAAUGGCUACACACCCAAUAUUUUUGAAGAAAGCAAAUCUCAUUCUACUGUUCGAACAACACGAUGCAGGUAGAUUGCAUCUGUAAGAGCCCAAGAAAUCUUCAGCGGAGGUAUUAAUCUUGGGAUUUUUUUCAUCCACCUUUUGACACCAAUCCAAAUAUCCUCUCACCCCGCAACACUUGAACUAUAUUAAUUGACCUUAUAUUAGUAUGGAUUCGAAAAAGGAUUAACCCAAGUGCUAUUGGUAUCUAUAAAUUUAAUUAUAUUGUGAACAUACAUACAGCGUAAUGCAGAUAAUCCCAA